CCAUAAAACCCUUUUUCCAUCAUUCGGUUCCAUUCUCAUACAACAACAAUAAAAAAAAACAAAUCUUUACUUUCGAAAACCCUCACUACUAAAUCAUGAAUAAUAAUAAUAAUAAUAAUAAUCGAUUUAAACCUAAUUAUAAUAAUAACAAUAUGUAUCGCAACAGACCAUCUUUUCCGGCGACUCAUCACCGCCGGCGAGAUCGUCCAUCACCGCCGCCGACAACCCCCACUCACCGCCGACCGAAUUUCAUGAUCGAACUCCGGUCACUAGCCACCGAUGUCGACAGCUACAACCGCCACGAAGUCGUGACGUUAAUGGGUAAGCUAAAAUACAAUCCUGAUGAGUUUUAUAUUAUUGAAAAAGGUGUAACUGCUGCUAGGUUUUAUUUUCAACAAUGGCCUAAUGUUUUAGAAACCGUAGUUUAUCUUUGGGAGGUUUUGUUAGACGACGGGGGUUCGUUUAUGCCGAAACUUAUUCAGAAUUUAUUAGUUCCGUCUGAUACCGAAGAAUUGAAUUCUCGCCUUAGGGUUUUGUUUCGAGACAGGGUAGGUAGGUUAAUGAAGGGUGAAUUGGUGAAAAGGUUUGAAAAGAAAUUAGAGAAUGUUACGAAUGAGAUGAAUAAGUUGAGUUUGUUGUUAAAAAAGCCGAAAAGUGUGUUGGUACAUAUGGAGUUGUCGAAGAAAAGGGAAGGGUAUGUUAAGGAAAGGUGGUUAAUUGAGAGACGGGUUAAAGAGUUUAAGCUUGGCAUGGAGUGUUUACUUGAUUAUCUUGACGGGAAAGUUGAUUUUUGUGAUAACGAUGAAGUUAAGGUGUUGUUCUUGAAAGGGAAGUUUGAUUGGAGUAAGAUUUAUUGGAUCAUUAAGAGGGAGUGUAGGCGGCUGAAUGAUGGGUUGCCUAUUUAUGCUGAUCGUUACGAUAUUCUUUCGCAGAUACACCGCGAACAGGUAACGGUGUUGAUUGGAGAAACUGGUUCAGGAAAAAGCACACAGCUGGUUCAGUUCCUUACUGAUUCAGGAGUGGCUGCUGACAAGUCCAUUGUUUGCACUCAGCCACGUAAGCUUGCUGCCAUGUCGCUAGCCAACAGGGUUCAAGAAGAAAGUCAUGGGUGUUGCGAGGAUAAUUCAGUCAUUUGCUCUUCAAUCUACACAUCUCAUCAUGAACUCGAUUCAAAAGUUGUAUACAUGACAGAUCACUGCUUACUUCAGCACUAUAUGAAUGACAAGAAAUUUUCAUGGGUUUCUUGCAUCAUUGUUGACGAGGCACAUGAAAGAAGCCUAAACACCGAUCUUCUCUUAGCAUUGGUUAAAGAUUUACUUCUUCGGAGGUCUGAUCUGAGGCUUAUUAUAAUGUCUGCAACAGCCGAUGCAGAACAGUUAUCUAAAUAUUUUUAUGAUUGUGCUACGUAUCAUGUGGUGGGAAGAACGUUUCCAGUUGAUGUCAAGUACUUUCCUGAAAUAUUGAAAGUUCCGUGUGACUCUAACUUUGUUGCCCCAUAUGUUUCGGAUUUGGUGAGGAAAGCUGGUGAGAUUCACAGAAUGGAGGAGGAAGGGACGAUUCUUGCUUUUUUGACUUCUCAAGUGGAGGUAGAAUGGGCGUGUGAACAGUUCAAAGUACCAUUGGCCGUUGCGUUACCUUUACAUGGAAAAUUGUCUCAUGAAGAGCAGUAUCGUGUGUAUCAGAAUUUUCCCAGAAAACGAAAAGUCAUAUUCUCUACCAAUCUUGCGGAGACAUCUUUGACUAUUCCAGGAGUCAAAUAUGUACUUGACUCUGGCAUGGUCAAAGAGAGUCGGUUUGAACCCGCGACUGGAAUGAAUGUUCUUAGAGUUUGUAAGAUCAGUCAAAGCUCUGCUAACCAACGUGCUGGCCGAGCUGGAAGAACUGAACCAGGAAAAUGUUAUCGGCUUUAUUCUGAGAAUGAUUUCCGGUCCAUGCCAUUUCAUCAAGAACCCGAAAUUCGCAGGGUCAAUCUUGGUAUUGCAGUUCUCAGGAUUUUAGCUCUUGGGAUUCAUAAUAUCGAGGAGUUUGAUUUUAUCGAUGCGCCUUGUAAUGCUGCUAUUGAGACUGCAACCAAGAAUCUCAUCCAAUUGGGAGCUGUUGUACUUGAACACGGUAUUUAUAAGCUGACAAAAGAUGGUUGGAAGCUGGUGAAAUUAGGAAUUGAGCCCAGGCUUGGUAAAAUGAUCCUGAAAUCCUUUGAAAACGGCCUGGGCAGGGAGGGAAUUGCUCUUGCUGCUGUUAUGGCAAAUUCCAGUAGCAUAUUUUGCAGAGUCGGUAAAGAAGAAGAAAAACAAAAAUCUGAUCGGCUAAAAGUUCUAUUCUGCCAUCCUGGCGGUGAUUUAUUCACUUUGCUAUCGGUUUACAGGAAAUGGGAAUGCAUACCCCGCAAUAAUAGAAGUCAAUGGUGUUGGGACAAUAGCAUAAAUGCAAAAUCUAUGCGUAGAUGUCAAGAAGCAGUGCAGGAAAUGGAAAGUUGUCUUCAACACGAGCUGGAUAUCAUUAUCCCCACUUAUUGGCGGUGGAACCCAGAGGUGAGUACUGAAUACGAUAAAGUUCUCAGAGGUGUUAUACUCUCUGCAUUAGCUGACAACAUAGCAAUCUACUCGGGAAAUGAUAAUCUUGGCUAUGAAGUGGCAUCAACGGGGAAUCAUGUUCAAUUGCAUCCUUCUUGCUCUUUACUAAUGUUCAAUGAUCGGCCAAAUUGGGUAGUAUUUGGUGAAAUUAUAGCAAUGUCCAAUCAGUACUUGACAUGUGUUACUUGCAUUGACUUUGACUCUUUGCAAGCACUUUCCCCCCCUCCAUUUGAUAUUUCACAGAUUGAUAACCGUAAAUUGCAAUUGAAAGUAUUUAAGGGUUUGGGAUCUACGUUAUUGAAAAGAAUCUGUGGGAAGUCAAACUCUAGUGUAAAACAUCUUCUGUCACACAUCAAGGAUACUGUAAAUGACGAUCGAGUUAGGCUUGAAGUUUCUGUUGACUAUAAUGAGAUAAACUUAUUUGCAUCAUCUGAAAAGAUGGGACGUGUUUAUGAAAUUGUGAAUUCUGUGUUGGAGCGUGAAGGAAGCUGGUUACAAAAUGAAUGCAUAGAGAAAUGUCUGUUUCGUGGGAGACAUGUAUCACCUCCUGUAGCUUUAUUUGGUGCUGGUGCUGAGAUAAAGCAUCUGGAGCUUGAAAAGAGAUGUCUUACAGUUGAGAUAUAUCUUCACGGUUCAAAUGAUGUUGAGGAGAAGGAGGUUUUGUCUCUUUUGGAGAAAUACACAUCUGGUAACAUCUGUGCGGUCCAUAGGCUUAAUGGGAUCGGUCAAGAUAAUGAAAAGUGGGGACGUGUAACCUUUCUUACCCCUGAAGCAGCUGAGAAAGCUAUAAAGUUGAGUCCAUUUGACUUCAAUGGUGUAUUACUGAAAGUUGCUCCCACAAGAAGCACAUAUGGAGGUGAAAACAAAUUUAUGUCAUUUCCUGCCGUGAAAGCUAAAGUAUCAUGGCCUCGUAGGAGGAACAGGGGCUUCGCAUUUGUGAAGUGUCAUCAAAAUGAUGUUUCAGCCAUCAUUGAAGAUGUUUCUAAUGUUUUAAUAGGAGGGAAGCUUAUAAAUUGUAGACCGAGCAUGAAGAAUGUAGACAGUGUGAUGUUGUCUGGACUAGAUGUUGAUCUUUUUGAGGCUGAGCUUUAUGAUGAAUUGAAUUUGGCAACUAGUAGGAAAAUUCUUGAGGUUUUUCUGCCCCGGUCUGUUGCCGUGGAGAAUCCACCACUUGCUGUUCUUGAAGAAGCACUUUUGAGAGAGGUUAGCUCGUUUAUGCCUACAGGGAAUUCCAGGAAUGAACAUGUUCGUGUACAGAUAUUUCCUCCUGAACCAAUGGAUUAUUCCAUGAAGGCAGAAAUUAGUUUUGAUGGUAGUUUGCAUUUAGAGGCAGCAAAAGCGCUGGAGCAGAUUGAUGGGAAAGCAUUGGCGGGAUGUCAGCCAUGGCAGAAAAUUAAAUGUCAGCAGCAGUUCAAUAGCAUUGUUUCAUGUCCUGCAUCUGUGUAUAUGGUUAUUAAGGAACCACUACAUUCUUUACUGAAAACCCUCCAGCUUCGGAAAGGGGCCGAGUUCUUUUUUGACAGGAACGAAAAUGGUUCAUAUCGUGUCAAGAUAUCUGCCAAGGCUACAAAAAUUAUGGCAGAGUCAAGAAGACCUCUAGAACAGCUUAUGAAUGGAAGAAUGAUAAUGGAUGACCGGCUCACUCCACCAGUUAUACAGUUAUUAGUUUCUCGAGAUGGAUUUUUUCUUCAGAAGUCCAUUCAACGUGAGACAGGGACUUAUUUUUUGUUUGACAGACAUAAUCAUAGCUGCAGAGUCUUCGGUCCAUUAGACAAGCUUGGUCUUGCCGAGAAGAAAUUGGUUCAGUCCCUUGUGGCUCUACACGAGAACAAACAGCUUGAUGUUCAUCUUAGAGGACCUUCUUUACCUCCUGAUCUAAUGAAAAAAGUAGUCGAAAAGUUUGGACCCGAUCUUAACGUGCUCAAGGAAAGAUUUCCUGGAUCAGACUUCUCGUUGAAUACCCGGCAGCAUACCAUUUCCAUUCAUGGUAGUAAAGAACUAAAGCAAAACGUCGAAGAGAUGAUACAGGAGCUUGUAGUGUCAACAAGCUCCACCCCCAGUCAAACAGUCAAAAGUCAAAUGGCUUCUUGUCCAGUAUGUCUGUGUGAGGUUGAAGAUGGUUACUGUCUGGAAAUGUGCAACCAUGAGUUUUGCAGGUCAUGUUUGCUAGAACAAUGUGAAUCUGCAAUUAAGAACCCUGGAAAUAGCUUUCCAAUCCGUUGUGCCCAUGAGGGCUGUGGCGUACCAAUCUGUAUGGUGGACCUUAGAUCAUUGCUGUUAACCGAUAAACUAGAUGAACUUUUCCGGGCUUCUCUAGGGUCGUUUGUGGAUUCUAGCUGUGGGAAGUACCGAUUUUGCCCUUCACCUGACUGUCCAUCAGUUUAUCAAGUUGCAGAGGAUGGUGAUCCUGGGAGACCAUUUGCUUGUGGGGCGUGUUCAGUGGAGACAUGUACUAAAUGCCACCUGGAGUACCAUGAGUUUUUAUCAUGUGAAAUGUACAAGGAAUUUAAAAGGGAUCCUGAUUUGUCGUUGAAGGAGUGGAUAAAGGGGAAAGAGGAUGUGAGACACUGCCCUGUUUGUAGGUUCACGAUUGAGAAGAUUGAUGGGUGUAACCAUAUCGAGUGCAGGUGUGGGGUACACAUAUGUUGGGUGUGCCUUGAGCAUUUUAAGAGCAGCGACGAGUGUUAUGCACAUUUGAGGUCCAUACAUCAUGCCAUUGUUUAGUAAUUAGUAUCUCAUUGCUAGUUUAAUUUACACGUUAUUGCAUAUUGAUGUAUAUAAACAAGAAACAUAUGUAAAUAUUUGGUCAUCCUUGGUGAGUUUCUCGUAGUCUUAUGCAUGGUAGAUUGGUAUUCUUGUGAGGAUAUCUUAUUACGCUAGAGCUUUUUUAACAAGUUGCAUCAAUAUAUGGCAGUUUACUUAA